AUCGCAAUUCAGAACUACAAUAUUCACCCGGUAAUCGCCACUUUCGGAUCGAGGCACAUCAAGUUCGUGUACAUACGUAAAAUUUGAACUUUCAUCUUUUACCCCAACGUCCAACAUUAUUAUAUGCUCGCCCACUGUGAGCUGUCGAAAAAAAACAAAAUUUUCCGAAAGCCACGGAAUUCUAUUAUUCCGAAUUCAAAUAAGCGCGGUGCCGUGAUCAUAGGAAUUAAUAAGAUGGCGACGAUCUCGUUUAGGUCGACAUCGCACAGUAACACCGUCAACUAUAUUAUGAUAUUCUAUGGUCAAGAUUUAAGCGCCCACAUACGUUGUAUCUAUCAACUUGUUUGAAUUUCUGACAGUUUAAACUUAAUUAAGAAGAAUUGUCAAAUUACAUAUACAAAAAUAACCUUUAAUGUUUUCACGAUUUACUCGGAAAAUAGGUUUUGUGUUGUGAUUUUUCUUAGUUACUGUGUUUACAUAAAGAAAUAUGGAAAAAUCUACUGAUCCAUUUGCAUGGGCUCACAAAUUGAGAUGUCCACCAACAAUUUGCAAUGAUUCUGUAAAAAAAAUAUUAUAUACAGGUACUGUUUCAUUUCUAUGGGAUGAUUUAGCUGAUCUUAUAUUUACUGUCGAUGAGGUAAAAACUAUAAGAAAAAAUGUAUUAUUACAUCAGUUAAAAACAGGACAGCCAAAUAAAGUAGUUCAAUGCAUGCAAAACCUGAUACAGCUAAAAUCUGCAAGAAGUGAUAUAAAAAACCAAAUAUCUAAACUAGAAGAGGAAUACGAGCAAUUAGAUUUUAUGGUCAGACAGAAAGUACAAAAGUUAAGAGAAAUUAAGUCUGAGCGUUCUAAAAUAAAAAUAAGAAAAAACUUAAUUAAGAUGAAAUAUGAUCAAACUGUUACACAAAUUGAGGACUGCAAGAAGAUGAAAUUAGUUUGUGAAUAUUUAAUGCCAAGUACUUGUAAAGAGUUAGAUCCUAAAUUACUAACGGAAAUGUUAAAUUUAGUGUCGACUUUCUGGGAUGGAGCAAAUAAAAAACAAAUAUGUGAUACGAUAUCAAACAAUCUUAAUAUUGAAGUUCCUACAUUAUGGUGUCACUUGAAUAAGAAUUUGACACAAAGUGUAGAUAUGUUAAUGAAGAUGGUAACUUCCAAACCUUUGGACAUGGGUAUACAAAAUUUAAAUAUUGGUAUUGCCAAAAUAUAUGGCCAACAGAUUUCUAUGGUUACAAAGCGAUUAUGGUGUAAUGCACAAGCAGAUAAUCAUCAGCAAAGUAUUCUUGAACUUACAGAGAAAAUUGAGGCAGGUUCAAACAAUUCACCAGAUAUUAUUACAUGGCUUGCAUUAGCAUUGGAAGUUUGCAAGCUAGAAAUUGAACAAAAACGUUUAGGUGAUGAAGUUAUAAAAAUUCGAGAACACUUAAAUGAGAACAGUACAUUAGCAUUUGAAUUAGCUGAAUUGAUUUCAGAAAUAGAAGACAUCGAUAAGAAAAUAAUGACAUAUGCAGAAUGUAUACAACAAUCAUUAAAUCAUUUGAAAUCUUUGCCGGAGCAUAUUAUGAAAAUAAGGAAUGAGAUGAGUUCAGUAUUGCAAAAAAUAUUAACACUGAGAAACAAUUUUAGUGACUACUCAUGCUUGAAAAACAGUUUAAGGACUGAAUUGAGUAUGUUUCAUGACAUCUUGGAUUGUAAUGCUUUGAGGAAGAUUAAAUUAAAAAACGAUGUUGGAAUUUACAGACAUAAAAGUAUGUGUAUCACAGAAGUGUCUCUCUUGGUUCCUAAUAAUCAAGCUACACAUAUCGUUCACUAUUUUCCAAUGAUUCACUCACCAACAUACUCUUUACUAGAAUAUUACAGAAAUUUCACUUUAAUGUUGUUUCACAAACGAUUUAAUUCUUUUGAAAUUGAAGAGAAUUUAGAUACUUUGCAACUGUCUGCAUUGAAACACGAAGGAUAUGAUUGUAAUAUACUUGAAUUGUUAAAUUUAUCGAAAACUAUAAAUAUAAAGACAAAAGAUGAAAUUAACGAAUUUAAUAGAAUACUAAACGAUUGGGUACAUCAUACAGUUGAAGAAGUAAUGAAUAUUGUUGAGACUGUCGUAGAUGGUGCCACUUUUCCAGAAUGGGUUGAGCGUUAUAAUUUAUUACUAUAUAUAAUUCAGAAGUCUAAAUAGUGUUUUAUACAAUUUGUAAUUUAUUUUAUACUUUUAUAAUUCUCGUUAUUAUACCCUUUUUAACUCGUAAUACAUUAAGGAUGAGUGUUAAUGU